AUGGCUGGUACUCACCUCUUCAUGGCCAUUCUCCAUUUCCUCCUCCUGCUCUCUCCUCCGGUGCUCAUCUCCGAUGGACCGAAAACCAUAUGCAUUGCUGCUGCCAUGAGGCCAUUGGGACCAAAUUCUGGAGAGACAGUGGCAUUCAAGCCCCAAACAAAGCACGGACAUGGUGCUUUUCAAGGCCCGGAUGUCGAGACUUGUUUGCCGAAAGGUUUUCACCACUCUUCUGCUCCUAGCAGAUACAUAAACUAUCACACUCUUGGUUCAACCACGUGUUCCUCAAGCAAAGACAUGAAAAAGCCAUGA